AUGCCCGCGUAUUACGGUGAUGAUCAGGAUGCCAGGCCGCGUGCCACCGCGGCAGAUUACUACUACUCGGGCGGGGCCCCCGGACCCUUCGCAUCUGGCGCCAUUCCCGUGCCGGCCAACGCCCGCCUGCCAUAUCACCAGCCCCAGCCCCCUCCCUAUCCAUACACAGCCCCUCAUGUAUCACCCAUCCCAACCCUCCACCCCGAUGCCCGCCAUCCCUCGCCGCAUCGUCGCCGCCCUCGCUCACUCCCGCCCCCGGCACGGCGCAAGGGCGGCCCAAGUGCCCAUGCCCACUCGCCCGUCAGACACGACAGCGGCCCGCGCAGCCCCAUCCAGGACGCUCGCCACCUGAUCCACAGCACCUUCUCAAACUCCAACUCUGGCCUGGGCAUCGGCGUGCUCGGUGCUCUUGCCGGCGGUCUCAUUGCCCACGACCGUCGCGUUGCCGACCACAAGUCGCCGCUGAUUCCCACCAUCGUUGGAGCUGCCGUGGCGGGGCUGGCUGCAAACGCCUUCGAGAAGAGAAUCGAGGUCGCCAAGGUCAGGAAUGCCGAGAAACAAGAGGCAUGGGAGAGGAAGUGGGGCCCGGGCCUGAGACCAGACAUGCGCGACGGCCCUGGACAAGAAACGGGCCGCCCGAGGGGCCGCCGGAGGUCAAGCGGGAUAUACUACGAUGACCACGGGGCUGAUGCCGGGGAUUUCCAUGGCAGAUCCGCGCGGUGA